AGGGAUAGGGAGGGUAAGAAGUGAAGGAGCAGCUCCUGCCAUUGUUCUCGGUCUGGAAGUCCGGGUUCGGGUUCGGGGCUGGAGGCUGGAGACUGGACGGCGCUCUGUCGCUAUGACGGGCUCCGGUCCGAGGCUCGGGCUCCUGCUGCUGCUGGCGGUUCUGCUGCAGACUGUGGUCGUCACCAUCACCGUGCUGCACUUCACCACGGCUCUCAACUCGAUGAAAGAGACGUUUGCCAGGAGCAGCGUUUCCUGUUUGACGGGCGCUGACCUGCAGAGCAUCACCGUCGUGAGAGGAGAUCCGUGUUGGCAGGUCACACAGCAGCUACACCUGCUCAUCGAGAAGUCUCUGUCUCAACGUUACCAGCGGCAGAUCUCGUCAGCGGUGAGAGGUGAAGUGUCUCGUGUGUUGCCCUCACUUGUGAUGGAGGACAGUGCUUCGCCUCGCCCCAAAGUGGGCGCCCACGUCACUGGCAGCUUCUUGCCUAAUCCGGCGCGUGACGGAGGAGUGUCGGCAGGGCGUCGCGUCCAGGGUCAGAAGAUCUCGUGGUGGGAGGGGCAGAAGGGGCUGGCCUUCCUGCAGGACGUGCAGCUGCUGGACGGCGAGCUGGUCGUCCCGCAGCCGGGACUUUACUACAUUUACGCGCAGACGUAUUUCAGACACACGCACGCGCUCGACAGCGAGGAGGAGGAGGGGGAGGACGGCGGCGAGGAGGAGGAGGCGCAGGACAGAGGGAGGCCGCUGCUGCAGUAUGUCUACAAGAAGGUGACCUCAUACCCGGUUCCCAUCCUGCUGAUGAAGACCAGCCGGACCUCCUGCUGGUCCCGGGGCUCCCAGUUCUCUCUGCACUCCGCCCACCAGGGGGGGCUGUUCCCGCUCAAUGCCGGCGACCACCUGUUUGUCACGGUGACCAACGCGUCGGCCGUGGACACGGACGAGAAGAGCAGCUUCUUCGGUGCUUUUCUCAUCAGUUAGAGAAUCUGACGACAGACUUUCACAGACUUCCUCUCUGACUGCACUUGUAACGUGAGAAAGUGAAAGAUCGCAGGUUGGUUCUGAAAUCACGACACUGGUUUUUUGUCGGUGGAGGAGAAGUUCUAAUCUCACGGUGGAGGCUUCAACUCAAACACUUUUUAUAUACAUAUGAAAUAUUUCAGCACAAGCACGAGACAAUUAAGUCUUUAAAUUAUGUUUCUAAAGUCAUGGAUCAGUUUGUUUUUACAAGGAAAACUGUUCAUGUCUUUAUCUCACUGUUAGACAGACUUUUACAUGAAACUGCAGGUUUCUCUUCCCACACCAUAGCACAUAGAGAAAAUCAGUGAUUUUAACAUCACAGCACACAGGAGUUGUUGAUCCACUGCUGCCUCCAUCACUAAGUUCAAGUGUCGUAUUUUAAUUAAUUUGGCAUUUGAAAUAUUUCGUUUAGACUGAACUCAGAGGACACAAAGUGACCACGCGAGGCAGCAGAGGACCAGCAGCUCCUGUGUCCCCCACAAGCUAAAAUCACUGAUUUGGGGUUUGGUGCAGGAGAGAAAAGAUUUUAGCCACUUAACCAAAGACAUAAGCUUAAGUCUACAAGAAUGUGUUUGUACUGAAAAUGAAGUUUAUAAACCACUCACUCUCCCACACCAAACCCCAAUCAGUGAUUUCAGGGACACAGGAGCUGCUGGUCUACUGCUGCCUUGUGUGGUCACUUUGUGUCACUGAGAUAAAUCUGAACAAAGGAUUUCAAUUGCCGAAUUGACAAAAUAAGACAUUGUAACUUAGUGAUGGAGGCAGCAGUGGAUCAACAACUCCUGUGUGCUGUGAUGUUAAAAUCACUGAUUUUCUCUAUGGGGUUUGGUGUGGGAGAGUGAGUGGUUUACAAACUUCAGUUUCCUGUUGGAAAAGUCUGUCUCACAGUGAGAUAAAGACAUCUUAAAGACAUUCUUAAAGACAUCGUAGACUCAAACUGGUGUAGAUUUUAAUAGUAGAGUCUUUCAUAAAGUGGCUAAAAUCAGUUUUUUUCUUGUGUCCUCACUGAAAGCAAGCCUCAUAAAACCACACUAAAAAAAACACUUUCAAACGUGGCCCACACCAUAUAAAUGGACUGCUCUAAAUGGAGCCUCUCGUCUGUGGCAGCCGGAGGCUUUAAUCCACUGAGUGCUCAUCACUCACGAGUCUCUGCUCUUUAAAGUGUCAGAGAUGGAUCGACUUUUUUGUUCCCGGCAAGAUUCGACUUAACACGUUCAUUUCUCACGUUUGAAACGUACACAUGUGAGCAAUAUGUGAACUGAACAUAUGGUCGUAUUCACAGCAUCAUCAUGGAUCUGUGUGUGUGUGCGCAGUUUUACAACAGCUUUAAAGUAACUUUUUAUUUAUGUUUGUUUAUAAAAAAUGUUCCAGUGUGUAAGAAUUAGUGAAAAAAGUCAAAAUUCUCAGAUUUAAGUCGAAAUUUGGGGGAAAAAAGUCAGAAUUUGUAGAAAAAAAGUCAGAAUUUGUAGAAAAAAGGCAGAAUUUGUAGAAAAAAAGUCAGAAUUCUAAGAUUUAAGUCAGAUUUUGAGAUUUUUCAAUCUCAGAAUUGUAACUUGAAACUAAAAAAUCUAAAUAAAAAUGUAUAAGCUAGGAUCCUGAGACUUAGAUUUAAAUUGAAUUCUAAGAAGAAAAAAAAGACGAUCUUUUAUCAAACUUUUUAUUUAUGUUUGUUUAUAAAAAAUGUUCCAGUGAAUAAGAAUUAGUGACAUCUGGUGGUGAGACUGCAGAUUGUAUGGAACUAUGGUGGCCUUCACAGAGGCUUGAAUGUUUAUAUUCAAGUUUCUCUUUUUUUAAAAACAAACGCUGCAUCAAAUCCACAUGAAAAAGACAAAUGAGCUGACUGUACCUUUAAUUCAGCCGCGUCCAUGUGUCCGUCCGUCCGUCAACCUGCGGCCGACUUUGUCGUCACAAGCUGAAGAAGAAUCUGCACAUGAGUUGAGUACGAACAAAAUCAACAAAAACAAAAGAAAGUUUUAUUUUUUUUAACAAAACAAUGUGAAUGUAAAUAUGAGUUUGUGUAAAUAUGUGAAAUAAAGACAAUGUUCAACUAAA